AUGGACCCAGACGCCGAGUCAUCGCAGCACUCCGUUUCUCGCGUUCCCGAGCGUGCCAAUGGAAAGUCUCGACGCUUUGCCUGCAUUCGGUGUGACAACGAUCAGAGCGGCCAGCCUUGCCGACGCUGUGCGGCUCAAGGAUUUCUGUGUGACUACGACGCUGACUACAAACGUGUGAGCAAGAAGAGGAAGAUUCAGGAGCUUGUCAACGAGGUACAACUACUUCGAGCUACUGUUGGAACCAAUGGUACUCCUGGUCCGUCGCCCUCGCGGACAUCUCUUCAGUCUUCUGAGCGACGACAUGUUGGCUUUGCUCAACAACACUAUGGCUCGCCACGCCCUUCUCCAAACGAUGUUAUCGACCAGAUGCCCUCGCCUAUCCUACCUCCCUCUUCGCCCGCUGCACCGCCUGCAUGGGAGCAAGAUAGCUACAUCACACCGCUCGAUCGUGUUCUUGGUAAUGUCGCCAUGUCAGGAACUGAGAGCACUCGUCUCUUCGCGAAAUUCUUUGAGAUGCAACAUCCAUUCAUAGACCUUCAAGAUGCGCAUGAUUUCCCCGAUCGAACGUACGCCCAAUCACCACUCCUAUUCUGGGCCAUCAUCGCUGUAGCAAGCCGGCAUGACAGCCUGAACUCUACGUUGCAAGUGACGUUGGCUCCAGCUGUCACCGAAUUACUAUGGACGACAUUCGCACGACCUCCACACUCAGUUGGCGACAUACAAGGUAUGCUGUUGCUUUGUCUGUGGCCGUUUCCAGCACCGUCCAUGAGCAGCGACUUUCGCUUUCCUCUCGUUGCCGCUACAAGAAGUGCAGCUAUGCAAAUCGGAUUACACUCUCUGGAUAACAUGCGAGACUUCUCGCACUUGAAGCACGGGGCAAGAAAUAUAGACAGGCUCAAAGCUGCAAAGACAUGGGCGGCGUGUGUUGUUGCUGUGGAGAGUGUCACCGGCUUCAUUGGGCAGCCAUCGGUUAUUCGAGACGAAGUGACUUCGGAUCAAAUCUUGAGUAUAGCCAUUGGGGCCGGUCUUCCAUCUCAACUCGAUCAUCUGUUCCAGAUCUUCGUAUUCAGCAAUCGUGUGCAUCGCCUUAUGGCAUCUGUCAGCAGAGAGACAGGAGAUGUCCACAGUGAGAGAGCAGUGAUUCUCAGAUUGAUGGAGAGAGACUUCAAGACUCUAUGGUCAAACUUGGACGACAGACUUUCCGCUAAAGCAAGGGUGAUGCUGACCUUCGCUGGUCUUCAAAUGCGUGUGUACUACUUCUUCGAAAGACGCACAUCUGCUGGUCGACGUCUGGGCAUCCUACGAGCGUAUCAGCUUGCUCUGCUGCUGGUCAGCCUGCUCAAAGAAGUCGACGGAUCUACAGGUUCGCUCCGUUACGCACCGGUCAUCUAUCAAGACGCCAUCAUAUUUGCCUCAAUCUUCCUUCUGAAGGUGAUGAAAAGCAGCUACUCCGAGGAUGUCGAUGUGGCGGCUGGCGACUCGGCUCUCGAUGUCUGCAUGGUGAAACUACGCGAGUGUGUCUCGACGACGGGUGAUUAUCGAUCGAAAGUGCACAAAAUGCUGUCUCAGCUCCGAACAAUGGAUUACACCUCGAGAGAUGCCGGUGACAGAGAGCCUCACCUGAAACUCCGGACUCGCCUCUCCGGUAGCUUAGUUCAUGACUUCCUGUGGAUGUGGCGCGAGGAGUUUGGAGGCCAUAUCAGCAAGAGAGCUACACCAGAGAGGGAGUUUGACGCUUCUACCAGUACCAAAGAAGCUACUGAGGGCACACAACUAGCCGAUCCCCAGCAGCAGCUCGACGAUUCUGGUCAGCCUGAUUUCAGCCAACAGUAUCCAACCCCACAAUACCCAGUCCUGAGCGGUAGCGACUACACAGAAAGCAACGAGGACUACCUGUUCGCGGAGAUCUUUGGAAGAGGAGGACUAGAUCCUUCAAGCCUUGCAACUCAACGGGCUGAUGUAGACUGGUUUUACCAGGCCGACUCGCUGACGCUGUGA